GGGUCAGCGGCUAGUGGGGUGCAGCACUCACGGGUGUUCGAGAUGAGUUUACCCCUCAAUCCCAAGCCUUUUCUCAAUGGACUGACAGGAAAGCCAGUGAUGGUGAGACUUAAGCGGGGCACGGAGUACAAGGACUACCUGGUCUCCGUUGAUGGCUACAUGGACACGCAGCUUGCAAAUCAGAAGAAUACAGAGAUGGGGCAUUGUCUGGGUGAAGCUCUAAAAAGGUGUAAUAAUGUCCCCUACAUCAGAGGCGUUGAAGAGGAGGAGGAAGAUGGGGAGAUGAGAGAAUAG